AUGGCUACCGCUUCGCGACAGCAGCCGCCAUGGCAAGCACCUGCGCCGCCGUCGGCAGAUGCCCGUGUUCCACCGCUCAAGGUCUAUAAUUCAUUGACUAGAUCGAAGACGCCGUUCGUUCCUCUUGACCCGAGCGGCCGAAAGGUUACCUGGUAUGCCUGCGGUCCGACAGUCUACGACGAUGCUCAUCUGGGACAUGCUCGAAAUUAUGUCAGUACGGAUAUUAUUCGCAGGAUAAUGCGUGACUACUUCAAGUUUGACUUGAAUUUCGUCAUGAACAUUACGGAUGUGGAUGACAAGAUUAUUGUCCGAGGCCGACAGCAGCACCUGCUGGGCGAAUUUACCUCUAAACACAGCACGAUCGAUGACCAAGUCAUCAAGACUACGCUGGAAGCCUAUAACGCCUAUGCGAAGAAGAAUCUUCCUGCCGUGGCAGGCGUCGAGCCAGAGCAAUUUGUCCAGGCGGCGAACAAGGAGUAUGGCAAUAUUCUCAGCGGAGGAACGCUUUCAGGGGAGGGCACGCCAGGCGACAAGGAGGCCAAGGUGAAAAUGCAUUUAAAGACCAUGACGGUCGCAUCGGAGGCACUCGUUGCCGCCCGGAAACAGCCUGAGUCUGUCUCUCAGGAGGAUUUCUAUUCCAAGACGAGUGACGUCCUGCUUGGCUACCUCGACAGCUUGUACGGAUCGACUAUAAAUGCCGACGACCACGGUAUCUUUACGAAGUUGACGAAAAAAUUCGAAGGACGCUUUAUGGAGGACGUCCGUGCAUUAAACUGCGUCGACCCAGACGAAGUUACAAGAGUCACCGAGUACGGACACCAAAUUGUCUCGUUUGUCGAGAAGAUUGUCAAUAACGGAUACGGCUACGUGACCUCGGAUGGGUCAGUCUACUUUGACAUCAGUGCCUUUGAGGCCGCAGGCAACAAUUACGCCCGUCUGGAGCCGUGGAACCGGAAUGACAAAGACCUGCAAGCUGAUGGCGAGGGCUCGCUGACCAAGAAGACGACCGAGAAGAGAUCAGACGCCGACUUUGCGCUCUGGAAGUCCUCAAAGCCUGGCGAACCGAGCUGGCCGAGUCCCUGGGGAAGAGGUCGACCCGGCUGGCAUAUUGAAUGCUCAGCCAUGGCAUCAGACGUGCUCGGCAGCACUAUCGAUAUCCAUUCAGGUGGUAUCGACCUCGCUUUCCCUCACCACGACAACGAGCUGGCGCAAAGCGAGGCCUAUUGGCUUGAGCACAAGGACAAGUGCUCUCACCACCCCCACCAAUGGGUAAACUAUUUCUUCCACAUGGGCCACUUGUCGAUCCAGGGAUCCAAAAUGUCCAAAUCCCUCAAGAACUUUACCACCAUUCGCGAAGCGCUUGACCGUGGAGACUGGACCCCGCGGGCUCUUCGAAUCGUCUUCUUGCAAGGCGGUUGGAAAGAAGGUGUUGAGAUUACCGAUGACGUUGUCAAGGCAGGCAACGCGUGGGAGGAGAAACUCAACAACUUCUUCAUCAAUGCCAAGGACGUUGUCAACUCGUCUGAAUCCGCCGAGUCUCAGUCCACCCAAUCCACACAAGAUCACGAAAUCCAAGCCAACCUCCGCGCCGCGCAGACGGCCGUGUACGAUGCGCUCUGCGACUCCUUCAAUACCCCCCUUGCUAUGGCUAUCAUUUCCGACCUCAUCACCAAGUACAACUCUGCCGACAAAUCCGCCGUCGGCGUAAACACCACCGCCGACGUUGCCCGGUGGAUCACAUACAUGGUCAACGUUUUCGGCCUCGAUGUCGCCGGCCUCUCCCCUCUCCCAGCAGACUACAAGGAAAUCCCUACAUCCCGCAUCGGCUGGUCUGGCAUCGACAUUCCCGACGCCGCCAAACCCUUUGUUUAUCCUCUUUCCGCACUCCGCGACCAACUCCGCCAGAGCGCAAGAUCCGCCAGUGGUCUCACAUCCAAAGAUCUCACCAACAUUCUUUCCACCUCCGAAUCUGCUCCUGCCUCCGCUUCUGCUGACGCCUCCUCAUCCUCUCCUUCAUCUUCCAAAUACUCUACUGUCCUCUGUACAUUCCGCAAGGAUGUCCGCUCCCUUGCCACCUCUCCUCAAGAGACAAACGCCGCCGUCCCGCCCAAGGAUAUCCUCUCCCUCUGCGACCGCGUUCGCGACCUCGACCUCUGGGAUCUCGGCAUCUACCUCGAAGACCGGGACUCGGGUGUCGCUCUCGUUCGCCCCGUCAACAAAGAACUUGUUGCUGCUCGCGCAGAAAAGGCCGCUCGGGAAGAAGCCAAGCUCCGCGCCAAAGAAGAGCGUGAACGUGAGGCCCGCGAAAGGGCCGAAAAGGGUAAAUUGUCCCAUCUCGAAAUGUUCCGCACAAAGGAAUACUCCGCGUGGGAUGACGAGGGCCUCCCCAUCAAGGAUGCCAAGGGCGAGGAGAUCAAUAAGUCCAAGACGAAAAAGUUGAGAAAAGAUUGGGAGCGUCAGAAGAAGCUGCAUGAGGCGUGGGUCAAGGCGAACGGGGGUGCUUAG